AGGUGACUAUCUCUGUGCUAUUCGGAUGCUAAUGGUUCAGUUCAGAAGAGAAUUCUCGUUUUGUGACUCUUUGUACCUUUGGGAGAUGAUGUGGGCUCUUGAGUACGACCCAGAUCUCUUUCACGUAUACGAGGCGCAUCAAUGCGGGAGUGAGAAAGUCGAAGUGUCCAACGGUAAACCAAAGUCGAUGAGCCAAUGUGGAAAGUACGAGAGGCAGAACAUGAGGAAUGGUGGAAAAAGCACGGAAGGUCCUUUGCCUAUAUCUGUUUUCUUAGUGGCCAGUGUCUUGAAAGACAAGAGUUCUAAGCUCAUGACUGAAGCUCGUGGACUUGAUGACGUUGUUAAGAUACUUAACGACAUGAGUGGAAACUUGGAUGCCAAGAAAACAUGUUCUGGAGCAAUAAAGAUUCACAAGAAAUAUCUGAGAAAGGCUAAGAAAUAGUAUUGCCGAACGUUCAUUAUUCUCUUGCUUAAACCCUUGGAAUCAUGAUAAAACUUUUUAAACGA